AUGUCGCCAAACAGUACGACAGCCACUAUCAGAGCGCCGUCGCAACCUUUCCGCCUCCUGGAUCUCCCCGACGAGCUCUGGGUCCGCAUUGGCAUCAUGAUCAUCGAGGACUCCCCUUUGAAUCGCGCCGGCAGCUACCCACAUUACCGGCUGAUGAAGCCUCCCGCCAUCCUUCAAACCUGCUCAGCGCUGAGGAAAGAACUUCGAGCCGUGUACUUCGAGACUAAAGUCGCCAUCACUCCAGAGUCACGCUUCGAUCUGCUGUGCCAUCGUCACAUCUUGGGAGAGUUCUUGCGCACCAUAGGCGCAGAGGCACGGCGACAGAUGGAGGUCAAGUUUGACGGUGGCUGGACGGUGCCUACAAAGGAGCCUCCCCGAUUUCCACGGAGGGAGCUGAGUGUUCUGCGGAGAGCGUUGUGGGGAGUUGAGUUCAAGCUGGAGGGGAAGUGGAUCAUGCGCGAUUGGCACUGGAGAUGUUCGACGGGAUACUUCCCAAAUAUCACCGCUGUUCACUUCAUCAACAUGGCUCACGACGAAGCCAGCUCGAAGGUCACUCCAGACAUGGAGAGUGCGAAGGCUUCAGCACAUCUCAAGUCUCCCGAGACAGCGAUCAUCAUAUCGGACAGUCCGCCAGCCGCGGAUGAAGCGCAGCAGCAGCAACGACCCUUCCGCCUUCUCGACUUACCCGAUGAGCUUUGGGCGAAGAUUGGCAGGAUGGUGAUCGACGAUGCGCCUAAGAUAACUCUUCGGGGAAAGAGAGUCGAGUUCCAAUCGCCCUGGUCCAUCGCCUGGGGUCGAAAAACGUGGGAUUUGGAAAAAUGCGACCUCAAUCCACCGGGCAUCCUCCAAACCUGCUCGGCGUUGAGGAGGGAGUUAAGAGCGGACUAUUACCGUCAGAAGAUGGUCAUCUAUGUUGCCGCGUAUCAUGCGCGCCGCGAGAACAUUGAGAUUAUCGGACGCUUCCUCCGCGCAAUAGGACCUGAUGCUCGAAAACACAUUCAAGGAUCCUAUGGCGAGUUUUUAGUGAGGGGAGUACAUGAAGGUCCGCGGCAGCCUCGGCUGAAUGACCUCAGCCACUGGAAGGUCGAGUUCAUGUUGACACUGGAGGUUCCCUCGUCAUCAACGGAGAGGAUCGACUGGAAGAUCGACUUCCUUUAG